UCUCCUUCAUUUCUUCUCUUUAUAUACCAAUCCCACACUCCCCGUCUCCACUCAACCUUCUCCUCUUCAUUAAUUAUCCUUUACAGUCUUUAGACUUUUCAUCUCAUCGAUCUUCUCCUCUUAAAUGGCGUAUCAAGACGAAGCUUUUACCUUAGAGUAUAUCAGCCAGUACCUUCUCAAUGAUUGUAAUGCUUCCAUGGAAUCCUUCAUCAAAAAUUUUAAUUUUCAACCCCAACAGCAACUUAAACAAGUGAAUUCUCAGACACAUCAGACACAGAGUCAUCCAACUCUUGUAAAAUCUUCGAGUACUUUGAGCCAAAGAAAACCAUCUAUAAACGUGGCGAUUCCUCCUGCGGCAGCCUUUACUUCGACACCCAACAAUUACCCAGUUGUGAAAAAAGAAGUAGAACCGGAAGCGGAGAAGGAAAAGCACUACAGAGGAGUGAGGAGAAGGCCAUGGGGAAAAUACGCGGCGGAAAUCCGUGACCCGAAUAGAAAAGGGACUCGGGUCUGGCUAGGAACUUUUGACACCGCCAUUGAAGCUGCAAAAGCUUAUGAUAACGCAGCGUUUAGGCUACGUGGAAGCAAAGCCAUCUUGAACUUUCCUCUUGAGAUUGGGAAUUCAAGUUCGAGCCCCGUGGAAUCCAAAUUACAAGUGAAUUUAGGGAAAAAGAGGAAGAACGAAGAGACAGAAGAGGGUCCUACGGAGAGAAAAGUUGUGAAGAAGGAAGAAGCGUACGAAGAAUCGACGCCGGCUAACAUAAUCACAGGGGAUCAUCCUUUGACGCCGUCAAGUUGGACGGGGUUCUGGGAUAUUGGUAACGGUAACGGGGUUUUCAGUGUGCCGCCGUUAUCUCCGUUAUCUCCUCAUCCAAGUUUGGGAUACCCUCAGCUCCCGGUUAUGUGAGGAAGUUUUACGACCGUCGAUUGCAUGUUUACUAAAUUUUGGAAAUAUCGGACGGCUGAGUGAGAAUUAUAUUAUGUAAAUACUAAGUAGACAACUAGGGUGCAAUACGCAACUAAUUAAGUUUAGUUGCCGUAUGUUUUAAGUUUAAUUUGGAUUUAUUUAAUUAAUUAAUUGGUUUAUUUCUUAA